CCGGGAUUCUCUGCGAGGAAGGAUGGCUCAGAACAAUUAUUUUGGGUUUACUCACGGCGGAACGCAAUAUGGAGCGACCAGCGCAGCCGCUUAUCAGACUGGUCAAGCGGGAUACGCAGUAACUCCAGCGGCAACCGCCGCCACGUAUACGCAACGACCCGCUGCCGCCGCGGCUACAGGUUACGAAACCUAUCAAGCGGCCGCUGCUGCAGCCGCGACUGGAACCACGUACGCUGCUGCUAAUCCGGGUACUGUGGCUCAAACAUACGAUUACGGUUACGGACGUGCUGCACCGGCAGCUACAUACGACGCUACUAAAACUUAUUAUCAGCAGCCUGCAGCAGCUGCAGCAACUUAUACAACUACUGAAACACAUUAUCAAGCUGCAAAACCUGCGUAUAGUACAACUAGUGCUUAUACAGGCACAGCAAGACAAGCUACUACUACUGGACAAGCUAAAACGUACCAAGCAUCGAGUACAGCUUAUCAGCAAUCUAACCCUACCCAAAGUGCUACCUAUUCAUCAGGAUAUACAGCACCAGCUACACCUGCUGCUACACCAUCAACAGCGACAAAUAAAACGGCGAGUACAACGUAUUCCGGCUACGACGCAGCGCUAUAUAGCGCUGCGACUAUGUAUGUAGCCCAACAGAGUGCAAACAGCAAUUCAACUAACCAGAAGACUGGAGGUUGGCAGGGCUACGGACGGAAGGGAUUUGGCACUGGAGGGGGAGGGAUGAAGGCAAUGCGGCCCAAGCAGCCCCCCAAGCCUCAACAACUACACUAUUGCGAUGUCUGUAAGAUCAGCUGUGCUGGACCUCAAACGUACCGUGAGCAUCUAGAAGGACAGAAACAUAAGAAGAAGGAAGCUUCUCUGAAGGUACCACAGCAACCACCACCACGUGGGGCAGGCAACAGUCUACGUUGCGAACUUUGCGAUGUUACUUGUACCGGAAACGAUGCAUAUGCUGCUCAUAUCAGAGGUGCUAAACAUCAGAAGGUUGUAAAAUUACACACAAAACUUGGGAAACCAAUACCAAGCGCAGAUCCAACUGUUUUGAAUCCAAAACCAGCAGCAGCAGCAGCUAAAACUGCAGGAACUAAAAAACCUACAGUAACAGCUACUCCUAAGAUCAAUUUUGUAGCUUCUGGUAAUUUAGGAACUGUAAAUCAAAAUCAGACUGCAGAAACUAAACCGGAAGAAACUGCAGCUGAGGAAACUGUAGAGGAAACAGCUGUAGAUGAGAAAGAUAUUCAACCAGUUGGUCAAGAGUAUAUAGAGGAAAACAAGUCAGAAGAUGGAAAAAUCAUAAGCUUUAAUUGCAAGCUUUGUGAGUGCAGGUUCAAUGAUCCUAAUGCCAAAGAUAUGCACAUGAAAGGAAGGCGGCAUAGGUUCGCAUAUAAGAAAAAAGUGAAUCCUGAUUUGGUUGUUGAUAUGAAACCAAGUCUUAAACAAAGAAAAAUGCUGGAAGAAAAAUUACGUAGGCAACAAAUGCGGGACGAGUACCUACGCCGUAGGGAGGAAAUCAAUCAAUUAGGACCAAUGGGUCCAAUGAUGGACGAAGAAAUGAUGUAUUGGGAAGAAAGACGACGUUAUGAAGAAGAAUGUGAAUAUUACGAAUGGUAUCGACGUUAUGGACGAGGACCUGGAGCUCCGCCAAUGCCACGUCCUUUCCCAGGACCACCACCAAUGAUGAUGUUCCCUGGACCACAGAGGAGGCCAGAUUCAUCCGAUGACAAACAUGUGUUAGCUCAUCAUACCACUAUUUAUCCUAAAGAACAGGAACUGCUGGCAGUUCAGAAAAUUGUUUCACAUACUGAAAAAGCAUUGAAGUUUGUUUCUGAUACAUUAGCAGAAGCCGGCAAGAAACCAGCACCAACUACCACCAAUGCCACACCAUCAACUACAAUUACACCUGCAGCACAGCAACAGCAGCAGCAGCAGCCACAACAACAGCAGCAACCAAAUGCUGAUGCAGUAAAAACAAAAGAAGAUCCCGAUAAGAAAAAAACAACAACACCGCAGAAAGAAGAUGGUAGCGAUGGAAAUUUAUUCUCAUUCCAAAAGGAAAAAGAAGAUUCAAGGAUAUUAAGGGGUGUGAUGCGUGUUGGUAAUUUGGCGAAAGGGCUUUUAUUGUCUGGUGAUAACCAUGUUUGUCUUGUGGUUCUGUGUGCGGAAAAACCAACACGGACAUUAUUGAACAAAGUUGCUGAAAUUCUUCCGGCACAGUUGAAGAUUGUAGCUCCCGAAGAUACUUACAAUGUUGGAAAACAUCCAGAAUCAGCUGCAUUGACUGUUUCAGGAGGCAGCGUGACUGUUAGCGUAACGCUUACCAGUCCUUUAAUGCGUGAAACGCCUAAACCAGCAGCAGCUGCAGAUAAUGCUGGACAGCAGCAACAGGGAGCUGCACAACCGCAAACAACGCCCGCGGCGCCCGCCUUGACGAAACCAGAUCCACCAGAUGUACUUCCCAAGGCUAAGUGUUUGGAGGCUUUAGCUGCACUCAGGCAUGCCAAGUGGUUUCAGGCUAGAGCAACUUCGCUGCAGAGCUGUGUUAUGGUUAUUCGCAUAAUGCGUGAUCUUUGUAACCGUGUACCUACUUGGGGACCAUUAAACCCAUGGGCAUUGGAACUGCUAACUGAAAAAGUGAUCAGCACUGCUGGAGGACCUCUCAGUCCAGGUGAAGCUUUAAGAAGACUUCUAGAAUGUGUUGCUGGAGGAAUAUUGCUUCCAGGAAGUCCAGGAUUGUCUGAUCCAUGCGAGAAGGAACCAGUUGACGCAAUAGGCAAUAUGACAGCCCAACAAAGAGAAGAUAUAACUGCUUCGGCGCAACAUGCUUUACGAUUAGUCGCAUUUCGUCAAAUCCAUAAAGUUCUGGGUAUGGAACAACUUCCACCACCUAAAUAUAAAGGCCGAUUCGCUAGGAAACGAAGACGUGACAACAGUAACGGAGAAGGAACAGAUAGUGAGGCUUCGAAAAAAGAUAAAAAAGCAGAGGAGAUCAAAAUGGAGAUAGACUCCAAGUAG